GGAUAUAUGCAGAGGCGAAGCCCUGUUGUUUUCCUACUCGUCUUCUGUGCUGCACCUCUCCGUUUUCGAAGUCGAGAUGGCGUUCGUCGGGACGAUGGCGUUGCUGCUGUCGCCUCGCUUUGGGUCCGCUUGACCUUAUCUAGCACACGCGACGGUGCCUAGCCGCCAAUGACUUUUGUUGAUCUCGAUGAUGGCGCCUACACGAUGACUCUGAGCGCGGCUGGAUGAUUUGUUGCCUGCGCUUUACCACUGCUGCACUGCUAGGUUGGCUUGAGAUUCCUGUUCUCCUAUAUCUUUUCGUCCCUCCCCCGCAGUCUGUUUCUAAGACUUUUUCGAUCAUCCAACUAUGCCGGUGUCACAUCUAGGACUGACAGUUUCCGACCUUCCUUCUGCUACUGCCUUCUACCUUGCUACUUUGGCCCCGUUGGGCUAUCGCUACAUUGCUUCGCGAGGUGGCGAUGUUGGGCUAGGCAUUCACGAGGCAGAUUUCUUCCUACGCCAGGCAGAGCGAGGGACGCCAAUUACACCGACGCAUGUCGCCUUUGCGGCAAACGAUCGCAUUACAGUGCGCAGUUGCUACACCGCAGGGUUGAACGCUGGAGGCGAACCCUCAGGCCAACCAAACUACCGCGACCAAGAUUGCGUUUACUUCAAUGCAGCAGUCACAGACUUCGACGGCAACACCGUUGAGUUCAUCUCGAAAGAGUCGCGCGUAUUAGAUGAAUGUCCAACGGGCCGAGCUUCAGCUGCACGUCGGGGAGACUUCGAAGAGCGACGAUCAGUGCCAUACGAGCAACUACGCCGCAGCUCCGACUCACGUGGCUCAAUUGUCUCCAAAGCACAAUCGACCGCCAAAACCGCGUUGGAGCUAGCAUCGAUAGCAUCUGCUAUAACCGCGAAACAAGGGUCUUCUGCUCCUCGACACCGCAUCAGUCGCUCGCAAACCGAGCCAGUCAAUUCUGCGGCAACACCCUCCGGUAAUGCAAUUGUGGGGACGCUGCUUGGUGCUGCGGCCGGCGCGGCGCUUGCAUUUGCGAUGGGCAUGACGGAGCGGGAGAAUGCAGCGGAAGAGAGGAGGUUUGCGGCAUCCGUGCACUCGAGCGAUCGACGAGCUCAGAGCUUCAGUGGCAAGUCUGGGGAUUGUAAGAGCUCCGGCCGGAGACAGGGUUCAACUUCAUCCGGUAGAGACGCGCGAAGACCUUCACUUGCGUCCGAGAAGCCAGUGAGUGGACGUCAAGGUCCGCAGCGAAGUCGAACGUACGACGAUGUCCAGCACAAGCCGAGUGGAAGCCGAAGCGGAGCUGGUGACUGGUCGCAGGUGAUGCGGGGGGGCACACUCGCGCCGAGAGCAAACCGUGAGUCCAAGGGCCAGUCUAAAACCUCACGGCCGUCCGCUCAUGGCUCUCGUUGUCGCAGCAUAACCGAAUCCGACACCACUCUGCACGACUCGGGCGUCAGCAUGCAUUCGCACCGGUCAUCCCUGCGGAAGACUGAUACCGCCACGAAAGCUGCAACGCGACGCUCGCAUUCGGCAGCUGACGACACGCCUCGCGCAACAAAGUCACGUUCGCACAUCUCGGCUGCUAAAGUGCCACAGCCACAAUCUCGGACGACAUCGUACAUCUCUGCUGCUCGUGUCGCCAUGCCUCUUUCACACACCAUCGGGGGCUACGCUGAGACGAUACAAGACGAGUCAGACGGGCUUGACGACUGCGAGUCAUUGAGGCCUGAUGACAGUAUUUCCUGUGUGGACUUCUCGUCGCAUGGGAUAAAGAAGCCGACGGGUUCGCAGUCUCGUCGUCCUUCGAAGCAGUCUGAAUCAGUAAGGUAUGGCGGGAGUAGACACAGCGUGAAGACGCUGCCGGUGCGAUUGAAGAAGGACAGUGAGGGCUGGAGGAAUCGGAGGAGAAGUAAUGCGAGGUAGACUUGGGGGAGCAAUAACCUGU